AUGUCCAGCCUCCAGGUAUUAGGCAGCCUGCUGGGCUGCAUCACAGGCGUCGCGGUGGCCGUGGUUGUGACCAUCCUGCUGCUGGCCACCUGCCUCUUCCCCAGAGGGCAGGACCGGGAUGUGGAGAGAAGCCUCCACUCUGGAACCCAGAGUCGACGGGUCCAGCCUCGGCUCUUCCCAGGCCGGGGCCACCUGGGGACCUUCCACCAACACCAUUACGUGGGCCAUGUGUCUCACACGCCCAGCGCUGGCUUCCAUCAUCACCACCGUGGUCACCACUACCUCCACCAAGCUCACUGGGGCCGCCGCUGAUGCCUACAGACGGCCACCCUGCCCUCCGUCACCAGAACGAACACCCCCAGGUGGCAGAGGGCAGAAACUGCAUCUCCAGGUCCUGUGUGGAGGGGUUCCUUGGAGUGCCAGACCCUAGCAGAGACUAGUCCUGAGCUCUGCCCCUUUGGGGAGCACCUCUGCGCUGAGGACAGGAGGCCUCCCCCAAAUACCAGAGAAGAGAGCGGCUCCCUGGACCAGGCAGAAGACACAGGCUCCGCAGGUUAUCCACACGAGGA